UCUCGGAAAUUUCAUAACUAUGGGCUACAUUAUGUGAACAAAGAGAGAUAAAUAUAGAUACAUGUGUGUUAGGUAGAUUCACUGCUCUUAGGCUAUAUUUAUCGCUUCAGCUGAUAGCCUACGGAUGGAUGGACUACUGUGGCUGCAAAUCAACGAGACCAACUUGUCAAGCUCCUGUCCUAGCAAUGUGACUGACCCCCAGACCUCAGGCUGGGUGUUUGUAGUGUUUGGAGAAUGUGUCGUGAACUUAAGACAAUGGUUUGCCUUCUGGAUAGGGCUCAGCUCCAUUCUCUUCUGGCUUGUGGCACAAGUACCUCAGUUGGUGAAGAAUUGCCGCACUGGUAAGGGGGACGAAGCUCUGUCCUUCUGGUUCCUGCUGCAGUGGUUCCUCGGAGACGCUACCAAUCUAUUAGGAGCCCUUCUGUCGCACCAGUUGGGCACUCAGAUUGCCACGGCUGUGUACUUCGUUAUCAUGGACAGUAUCACAAUGCUACAGUUCCUGUAUUACGUUAUAAAAAAUCAAGGAGUCAAAGGGCUUCUCAACUGCUGCAAGAUGAAGAAGAGUCCUACAUUACUGGCUGGUCUCCUCCCUGGAGUAGUGUGUGGUCUCCUCCUGGCCUCCCAGGGUCCCUCACUGUGGACACACUCCUAUCAGACUCCACCCUGGACCGGGAGAACACUCAAGGAUAUUGACAUCAAAGACGUGUUUGAUGUGAAUGACCCUGAGGCCAUAGCUGGGUAUGUGCUGGGCUGCAUCUCAGCUAUCCUCUAUGUCAUGUCCAGGGUCCCCCAGAUCGUCAAGAACUUUAGACGAUGCUCUGUAGAGGGUCUCUCUCCCGUCAUGUUUGUGCUGGCCAUACUGGGCAAUGUAACGUAUGGACUGGGUAUAUUCCUCUACUCUGUGGACCCAGUCUUCCUCCUACAACGACUGCCCUGGCUCGUGGGAAGUGUGGGGACCCUCUUCUUUGACUUCACUAUUCUGCUCCAGUUUCUGAUGAGUGUAUGCAGACGUCAUGCCCGUCACCUGUAUCUAGGGGUGGAGGGGGGAGAGACUGAGCCGCUACUAAGUCAUGUGAGCAGCACGAGUGAGAAGAGUUUACAGGUGGCCAAUCAGAAUAAGAGAAGGAGAGGAAGUAUCUCUCCAGAUCGUGGAUAGAUAUCAGACUGAUAUAUUUCAUUUUUGUAUACUUAUCAUGUUUGGCAGGUAAAUAAUAUUAUUUAUUAAGACUG